UACUAUCUUCAUCAACAAACCAAAAAUGAAAUCCGUAAUUUCAAUAGCGUUUCUUCUUCUAGCAAUCAUCAACGCUGUUAAUCUGGUCACAGCUCAAUUCCCCGCAGAGCCUUUCUUCAAAUGCAGAGACACAGGCAACUACACAACAAGGACUGAUUACAGCAGAAACCUCAAAGUCGCAUUGAAUACAGUCGGCAAUAUGGACACGUAUAAUGGCGGAUCAUUCAAUUCAUCCAUAGGCGUGAACGAAGCAGCACAUGUCAUGGCCCUUUGCUCCGGUGUUUCUAUCCAUUGGAGUGGAAACUGUAAGGACUGUAUACACAAGUUGACCGUUCAACUUUCAAUCAAGUGCAUGGAUCAAAAAGAGGCUGUGAUGUGGGGUUCAAUGUGUGCAAGCAGCGGGAGGUACCGAUAAAAAGUCUGCAUUUGGGACGGCAGAUUAUGAAAAUAAACUUGUGUAUGGGGCUAUGCAGUGUACUGCUGACUUAUCCAAGGAGCUAUGCACUAAAUGUUUACAAAAGAUAAUUGUGGCACACCGAUCUUGUUGUAGCGGAAGAAGGGCUGCGAGAAUGUUGUCACCCAAUUGUUUUUUUAGUUAUUCGGGUGAUGAUUAUCCCAAAUGGAAACCAUAACUCUGGCAGGUGUACUCAUGAUUAGGGAAUCCAAAAUCAAUUGUAUGGUUGUUGUUAAUGGCACCUCAUUAUAGGUCAAAACCACUAGUAAUAAACCACUAUUAAAGAUGUUAUUAAUGAUGUGAAAAUCAUUGAAACGUGGCAAUAGAAUCUUCGACAAUGUUGAAUAUAUUAUUAACAAAAAUUACAUUUCA